AAAAUGCUGACCAAGCCGAGCAUUUUUUGGGGGUCUGUGUAGUUUGGACAAGCGGCCCAUUAGCAUUUUCAGUUCGGCAACAUUAUGAUGUCGUUUAAGAACUUUCUCUUCUUGGGUCUAAUUCUAUUUAGUUUGACUACCAUGAGUAGUGCCGCCUGGUCCUUGUUGUUCCAUGUAGAUCUAGUCCCCCCAAAUUGGCUGAUUCCUACUCCAGUGCCCAGUGAGGAGUGGUAUCGAAAUCGUCGGCAAGUUGUAGCACCCGAUUGGCUAAGAGGUCCAGUGUUACCGGUAAAUAGUCAGUCAGCUGUGGUACGUGUCACGCCACAGAAUCUUCAAGAGACAGCAGCCAUACGAGCCUCCAUACAAAAGGCAAUCAAUGAGGGAUCUUAUGUGGUGGCUACCGAUCCACAACAGUUUCAGAUUGCUUUAAGCCAAUUGGGCUAUGGCAAUCAAUGGCCAUUACAAGCCAUAAACCCAACUUUUCGUUUGGCCAAUUUUUGGCCACGUUUAGGUCAGCGUCGUCAGCUGCAGACUAAAGCGAAUCAAUAA